AUGGAUGCCGGCUCUAUUCCAAAAGUAGCCUCUCGUGCGCACUCUGUCGCUGAAUCUGUUGCGGCAUUUUUAAGAAAGCAUGCUGACCUCCGCCUUGGAGGUAACACUGUCGACUUUGCGCAGGAACGUCGGCAUCAUUUGAAGGUAUUUGGGUUUCAUGCGCUCGCACCGGAGGAUAGGUCGCCGAUCAGGAAGGUUGAGUUCGAAGGAGUACGAGGCCCUUCCGCGAGAUGCUGCUGCCUUGUCUACAUGCAUGGUGGAGGCUACACGGUCGGCUCGGUGGAUGAGUUCGAAAACGGACUAAGGUCACUGGCAGAAGCGUCUGACGUGAUUAUAAUCGGGGUAGACUACCACUUAGCCCCUGAACAUCAGUUUCCAACCCAACUUGAGGAGUAUUCGGCCGUCAUAGAUUGGGCCCAAAGCUCUGAAGGUGCUCGGCGAGGCAUAUCCCCAGAUCUGGUUUUCGGAGGGGGGGAUUCAGCAGGUGGCAAUAUGACCGAAGCAAUUUCGCUCUUGCGACUAGAUCAAGGCCGAAAGAAUAUUGCAGGCCAGCUACUUCUAUAUCCAGAAUCCAGAGUUCCGUUUGAUACCCCUGCGUCGUCCGAGAACAACAGCGGUCAGGACCUCUAUUUGGUUUGCAACGGUAUUUUUAGCUUCGCCGACCAUUACCUACCAAAAGAACCGGGUAAUACCUACCCCCCAAGCCAUCGAUACGUGAGCCCUGGAAUGCAGAGCACGGAGCACCUGCAUGGCCUGCCUGCGGCAGCGUUGUUCACUUGUGGCUUCGAUCCGUUGCGAGAUGUGGGAGUUGAAUACGGGUCGAAGCUGCAGGAAGCGGGCGUGCCGGUGAAGUGGCAUCAUUACCCGAAUCUCACCCAUGGGUUUUUACAAAUGGCGCCAUGGUCGUCGGAAUGCAAAAGCGCCCUCGGGGAUGUCGCUCAAGAACUCAGACGGAUGGCUUACAGGUCGUAG